UCCCCCCGAAUCCCCCGGAGGGGCCUGUGCGAGGAGGAGGGGGGGGGGCUGAGCGGGGUCGUGUUGGCCGCGGGCGGCGGCGGAGCCGAUCCGGGGCGGAGGGAUCGUAUAUAAGGGCGGCGGCGCGUGGCCGGGCCCUCUUCCGCCGCCCCGGCAGCGAGAUGACGAAGAAGAGGAGGAACAACGGGCGGGCCAAGAAGGGCCGUGGCCAUGUCCAGCCCAUCCGCUGCACCAACUGCGCCCGCUGCGUCCCCAAGGACAAGGCCAUCAAGAAAUUUGUCAUCAGGAACAUUGUGGAGGCCGCGGCUGUCAGGGACAUCUCGGAGGCCAGCGUCUUUGACUCCUAUGUCCUGCCCAAGCUGUACGUGAAGCUGCACUACUGCGUCAGCUGCGCCAUCCACAGCAAGGUGGUGCGGAACCGCUCGCGGGAGGCACGCAAGGACCACCCCCCGCCGCGCUUCAGACCGGCUGGUGCUGCGCCCCGGCCCCCCCCCAAACCCAUGUGAGGAGACCCCGGCUGACCGUGCCCCCCAGCGCAGAGUGAAUAAAGGACCCUGCACCGA